AUGUCCCUCCUGUCCAAGACCUGGACUUCCUCCUCCUCACGCCUCGCCCCUAGGAUCGCCCGUUUCCAAAGGAGCACCCUACCCACGUUAUCGCUGUCCUCGUUCCGCCCAGCCUCGACAAUGGCACCCAAGCUCAAAGAUCCCUCCCUCUUCAAGACCGACGUCUGCUAUGUCAACGGCGAGUGGGUCAAGGCCGCCUCCGGCAAGACCUUCGAGGUCCACGACCCAGCCACCGGCGAACUGAUCGGUACCUGCCCCGAAUUCGACGCCAAAGACACAGCCAAGGCCGUCGAAGCCGCCCAGGCCGCCUUCGCCUCCUUCCGCACACAAACCGGCCGCCAGCGCUCCAAGCUGCUCCGGAGGUGGUACGAGCUGGUUAACGAGAAUGCCGAGGACCUGGCAGCCCUGAUAACAUGGGAGAACGGCAAACCGAUAGCCGAUGCCAAGGGCGAGGUCGCGUACGCGGCCAACUUCUUCGAGUGGUUCAGCGAGGAGGCGCCCCGGAUCUACGGCGAGACGAUACCGGCUACCGUGCCGGGCAACAGGGUCAUUACAAUUAAGGAGCCGGUCGGCGUGUGCGGCCUGAUCACGCCGUGGAACUUCCCCGCCGCCAUGAUCACGAGGAAGGCCGGUCCCGCCCUGGCGGUCGGCUGCACUACCGUUGCUAAGGCACCAGGCGAGACGCCCUUCACAUCCCUAGCCCUGGCGGAGCUGGCGCACCGCGCGGGCAUCCCCAAGGGCGUGUUCAACGUCGUGACGACGCUGCAGAACACUCCCGCGGUGGGCGAGGAGCUGACGACCAACCCGACGGUGCGCAAGGUGUCGUUCACGGGGUCGACGGGCGUGGGCAAGCUGCUGAUGAAGCAGGCCUCGGGCACGCUCAAGAAGCUGUCGUUCGAGCUGGGCGGCAACGCGCCCUUCAUCGUCUUCGACGACGCCGACCUGGACGUCGCGGUCGCGGGCGCCGUGGCGUCCAAGUUCCGGUCCUCGGGCCAGACGUGCGUGUGCGCCAACCGCAUCUUCGUGCAGGCGGGCAUCCACGACGCCUUCGCGGCCGCGUUCGCCGCGAAGGUGCGCGAGUUCUCGGUCGGCAACGGCUUCGACGGGUCCAACACGCACGGCCCGCUCAUCCACGGCCGCGCCGUCGACAAGGUCGACUCGCACGUGCGCGACGCGGCCGCCAAGGGCGGCAAGGUCCUCGUCGGCGGCGCGAAGCUGCCCGACCUCGGCGGCAACUUCUUCCAGCCCACCGUCAUCACCGGCCUGACGCAGGACAUGGCCAUCGCGUCCGAGGAGACGUUCGGACCCGUCGCGGGCCUGUUCCGCUUCGAGACCGAGGAGGAGGUCGUCAAGCUCGCCAACUCGACGCCCGUGGGCCUGGCCGGGUACUUCUUCUCGAGCGACCUGCAGCGCGUCUACAGGGUCGCCGAGGCCCUCGAGGUCGGCAUGGUCGGUGUCAACACCGGGCUGAUCUCGGACCCGGCGGCGCCGUUUGGUGGUGUGAAGGAGUCCGGCUUCGGCAGGGAGGGCUCCAAGUACGGCGUUGAUGAGUACCUCGUCACAAAGAUGGUCACUUUCGGCGGUAUGGGCAAGCCACUGCAGGCAUGA